UUGUCGUCUCCGACGAACCGGCCGUGAGGAUCACAGGAAUUUUUGACUUCAUCGGAGAAGAUCUUCUUCAAAAUAUGAUAUCCGGACUUCCGGCUUCUUCAUUUGACUCUAUAUCUAUAAUAUUUGUACUCGAAAUUAUGAUGAUCCAACGAUUUUCGCUCUUUCCACGCCAUUAUCGUCGUUGUUGCCAUGGAAGAAGUGUUGAAUAAAGCUAUGUCUGCGCCAAUUGAUCCUCAUUUUCUCCGUCGCCUCUGUCGGUCCGGCUACACCAGGCGGCCAACUAACUCAUCAUUGCAAAGUUGGGCUCAAAAGUUCCUGUCAUUACCAAAGUUCCCUCUGGAUUCGUUGGAAGAGAUGUGGCUUCAAAUGAAUUUAAAGAGAUUUAGUGGGAAAUUACAGAGGAUGAUGACAACGAUCUGGUGUUUCUUUGAAAGAGUUCAAAGUGAGCAGUUAUCAAGGUUGAAAAAUGCGUUGCAUGGGGGUGAGGCCAAGCCUUGCACGCCACGGAUAGGACACGUCGUUUUUCAAGACUGGACAGAAGGCGGCAAAUAUGGGGUGAAAGGUGAGAAAGUCCCAUUUUCAAAGCAACUAGAGGUAUAUGAUAUUUUGUUUGUUGUACAAAUACCUAAUCCUUUUCUUUUGGUAACCCCGGGCCAGCUUAUGUGCACCUCGACUAAUCCCAUGGAGCUUUGA